AAUUGAUUGUGAAUUAUUGUUUGAUUUUGCAGAUUUUUUUUUUUCCUAUUAGAAAAUCAAAAAACUAUCAACAUGUUCAAAUUAAUGGUAUUGGCUACCGUAGCUGCUGUCGUGAACGCUCAAUCAAACCAAUAUUUGCCGCCGAAGAACGGAUAUCCGGCGCCUUCUCAGCCAGGACGUGGGCUUCCCGCUCCUCCUCCUCGUCCCGCAGCUCCAAGACCUCCAGCGCCUCAAAAUCGCCCCCCGCAGAGUCAAGCUGAUCACGUGCACGAACCCGGCAUGCCUUAUGACUUCCAAUACGCCGUGAAAGAUCAACCGUCGCAAAAUGACUUUUCGCAUAACGCCGCUUCCGAUGGAGAUGUUGUCAAGGGAGAAUAUCGCGUUGCUAUGCCUGAUGGUCGUACACAAAUCGUUAAAUACACUGCUGAUUGGAAGAACGGAUAUAAUGCUGAGGUUACUUACGAAGGCGAAGCUCGUUUCCCCGAUCAGCCAAGCGGCGGUUCAAAAGGCGGUUUCCAAGGAUACUAAACACUUCCAAUAGUCUUCCAACUCUACUGAUGUAAAAUGCUCUUCUUUAAAUAUUUCACAUAAGACACAAAAAAUGUUUGAACAGCCUCA